AUGCAUUCUGUUUUAUCUUCUAUUAAUGAUAUAUUCGAAAAAGGAUUUAUUGUGCAAUUUGCAUCAAAUCCUUAAUAACUAACUAUAACUGCUGAAAAUAUUUAAUAUGAUUGUCUAGUUGGUUAUCAAGAAAUAUCUUUCGCUAUUAGUAAAUUGAAUUUUAAUAAUCAACAAUACAAAGUAGACUAAGAGGAAGCAGAUAAUCAACUAUUACCUUACGGACUUUAAGAAAAUUUUGAAUAACUUAAAAUUGAUCAAUAUAACCUUUAAACUGAAGAAGGUGAAGUAAAAUUUGACUAAUGCCAUUUUAAAAGUGUGCUAGAAAGUAAAAAAUAAAUAAAAAAUAUAUCAUAAAAUGAUGAUUUUUCAUAUGACAUUUAUUAAAACUCUGAUGAGAAUAUACUUCAAGAAGCCUUAAACAAUUUAAGCAACUUAAUUAUGAAUUUGCUGACUAAAGAGAUAACUUUUAAUACAACAAUAGAUUUUUAACAUUUUAGAGAAUUCUUAACAAAAGAUAUUGUAAGCUUUAAAAAUAUUAAGUUUAUAGAAUCACAAAGGCUUUAUCAUGUUUUUGAUUAUACUUAAGUUGAAAAUUAGUUUAUUAAUAAUUCUAAUAAAUAUUCAUUUCUAAUAAGUUUGAUUGAAAGAAGAAAUUUAGCACUCCACCUAGAAAAUUUGGAUGUGGUGAUUGAAUGUUAAAAUAUAAAAUACCAUCCACAAGAGUCUAAUUGGUUUUGCUAUACUUGCUUUGAUAUAGAAAGAAAAGAAAUUAAAGGAAGUGACUACUUUUCACAAAGAGUAUUUGAUCUCAAAAAUAUUAAGACUUAGAAAUUAAAUAUUUACUUAAUUUAGGAUAUACCUAUAUUCCACGAUAUAAUUGUGCACCACACAAUUAACAAAGUAAGAAUUUAAGGUUAAUAAGGUUUUGGAGUUAAUUUUGUUUUUAAAAAUAACUCUCACAUCAACAUUGUAGAAUGGGAUGUUGAACUAUAUUCGCUUCCUUCUACAAUUUAUCUGCUGGAACAUUGUUUUUAAGGUAGAAUAGGUCAUACUGCUUAAACUAUUAAGGCAGAGCUUCAAUUUUCAAGGAGUUUCAGAUUCUACUCAAUUAUAGGUUUAUCAUCAUACUCUAAGCAAUAUGCUCAUAUAAACUAGGCCAGUAUUUAAAUAUUAGUCCUUUGA